AUGAAUUUCAACCAUUCAGUUAAAUCCUGCAAUUCGCCGACUUGCCCCAUUGACGGAUGUGGAAGAAAACAUCAUCGUCUACUUCACAAUAAAUCUCAGGAAAGCGACAAGAAGAACGUGACCAUCAGUGGAUUUGUUGCGACAGGUCCAUCAAAAACUACUGAGGUGUUGUUACAGACUGCACAGACAACUGUGAUUACCGAGGAUGGAUCAAGAGUUCCAGUCCGAGUGUUGCUAGACCCUGGUAGCCAAAGAUCAUAUGUUAGAAAACGGAUUGUCGACUCUUUGGGGAUUACUGGUCCAAAUGAACUCUUGAGCAUUGCAACCCUAGGAGGACAGACUAGUAAAACGAAAAGUAUGCCGAAAAUCAAGCUGUCAAUUGCAGAUGUUCAAGUUGAAGUCCUGGCCAUCGAAGAGAUUUGUGCAAAACUGGACUUGGUUGAUGUGAGAGUUGAGAGAUAUCAACACCUGAGAGGACUUGCAUUUGCAGAAUCAUAUCCGCUCGAUGGAGAAAUUGAUGUCUUGAUUGGAGCCGACUAUUAUUACCUACUGGUAGACGGAACUGUUAGGAAGGGACCCCCAGGAACACCUACUGCAGUUAAAACCAGCCUUGGAUGGGUACUUUGUGGUCCCGCUGGUUCCCAGGAGAAAGCGCCAGUUACUACGUCCAUGUUUGUCGCCACCAAAACGGAGAAUGUCGCAUUCGAGCUUCAACGGUUUUGGGAGUUGGAAUCUAUUGGUAUUGUGAAUGACCAAUGCGCGAAAAUGUCUGUUGAAGAUAGGGAUGCUAUAAAGACGUUUGAGGACUGCCUGUCUUUUGAUGGAGAACGUUAUACGGUUGGGAUACCGUGGAAAGAGAAUUGUCCACAAUUGAAGGAUAAUUACAGCCAGGCGCUGCGGAGAUUGGAGUCAGUCGAAAGAAGAUUAAAAGUUGGCAAUCAAAGCAGUUUGAACUACAAGGAAGCGAUAGAGCAGUAUGAAAACAUGGGUUUUUCGGAAAAGGUCAAGAGUGACGCUGAUCCGGCCAAGACUGUCUACUACCUUCCUCAUCAUGCAGUAGUAAGAGAGGAUAAAACUACAACCGUGACAAGAAUCGUAUUCGAUGCAUCGGCACGUGAUAAGCAUGGCGUGUCAUUGAACGAUUGCCUACACCAAGGUCCCGCCUUACAGCCAAACCUUGUCGCCGUAUUGCUGCGAUUUCGUAUGAACAACAUCGCAUUGAUGGCAGACGUGAAGAAGAUGUUUCUUCAAAUCAAGAUAAGAGAGGAGGAUCGUGACGUGCAUCGAUACCUAUGGAGAGAUGGGAACUCAGACCGGCCUCCAGAGAUCUACAGAGUGAACCGAGUCACAUUUGGGGUAAAUGCGAGUCCAUUUCUUGCCAUGGCGACCGUGAAGCAUCACACUCGAAGGCUUGAGAAGGUUUACCCGCAAGCGGCAAGAGAGAUCCAAGACAAUAUGUAUGUUGACGACUGCCUGUCGGGAGCAGCUGGAGUCCCACAAGCUUUAGACCUGAAGACAGAUCUAAAGGAUUUGAUGAGAGAUGGUGGUUUUGAUUUGACCAAGUGGGCUAGUAACUCCAAAGAAGUUAUGGAACAAAUAGAACCUCAGGAUAGAGCUCCAUCCGCUGUGAUUGACAUGAGCACGGGUGAGUCACUAAAGACACUAGGAAUUCCAUGGAAUACGUCAGAUGACACCUUCCGCUUCCCAACGGUGAAGAAUUUGAUUGACUUGGAGGAUCCUGAAACAAAACGGAGUCUCUUAAGUAUCGCAUCAAAAAUAUUUGAUCCCAUGGGAAUGCUAUCACCUUAUGUCAUCAGAGCAAAGUUGCUUUUCCAAGAGUUAUGGCAGAAGGGUUUAGGCUGGGAUGAUACAUUGGAUGAGACAACAGCACAGAAAUGGCGCAUAUGGAAAGGAGAGCUGAAGGAGUUGGAUCAAUUGGAGAUUCCCCGAUGUUUACCCCUGGGACUAGGAGAAAUCUCAAGCAUCGAACUUCAUGGAUUUGGAGACGCAUCAGAGAAGGCGUACGGAGCAGCGGUAUACAUCAGAGUGGUAGACCAGAAUGGGUACACCGCAACAAGAUUGGUGAUGUCAAAGUCAAAAGUAGCGCCAGUGAAAAAAGUGUCACUACCUAGACUUGAACUUCUAGCAGCUGUAGUAAAUACAAGAUUAGUUAAGUUCGUCAAGGAGUCACUAUCAAGAAACAUAGACAGAGUUACAAUGUGGACAGCGAUACAGUAA